GCGGUCUGCACCACCUCCGUAACCAUGACUGAAGACAACCGUGUCGUGAAGGAGAACGGCGACUGCGAGGCGGCACAUCAUAAAAAUGACAUCAGCAUCAGUGUGAACAUAAGCCCCGCCCCUGGCCUGAUGAGGAAGCAGCUGCUGUGGCAAAACGCCGUCAGAAACAUCAUUGACCAGCACAACCUUUACUCGCUAAGGCUCGCCGGCGGCCUGGAGAGGGGGAGGCACCGCAUCACCGUCACUGACGCCUACAUCGCUGACAUCAACAGGCAGAUUCGUAAUAAGGCGUCUCGUGGUGCGUUCUGGCAGAAACGGCGCUCGUCUGCUGCUCGGGUCCACCCGAUGACGGCAAAGAUCUCGGUGCCGUUAAGUAUCACACAAAACUCACUCAGCGACGCCGACUUCUUCGUGUCCAGGGGGUCGUCUGUGCGAGGCGUUUUCAUUCCAGCGCUGCAGCACACGUUCAAGUCGCCCGACCUGGAGAAGGUGUAUCAGCAGUUUUCGUCGGCUCAGAGAAGAACGUCACUUGUCGUCACCAACGUCAUCGACAUCCUGACCAGACUGCUCAUCCUCAUACUCACCUGGCCGUCUGGCUGGUGGGGCCUGGCCUGUGAUUGGCUGGCUGGCCUGUCAGUCAUCCUGUGGGCGGUGAUCUGUGUGCUGGCACUGGCAAGGAGGGAUGUGAUGUCAUCCCCACAGUGGCUGAGGUACCUGUCUGUGGUCAGCUGGUUCUCUCAGACUGUGCAGGUGUUGGUGGGCGUGUUCAGUUGGGCUGAGAGUGAUCACUCCUGGUACGUCUUCUUCUCUCUCUUCUCCACCUACACCUUGCUGCCCCUCCCCCUUCUGUGGUCCAUUGUUGCCGGGGCAACCACCUCCACUUUGCACCUGCUGCUGGAUGUAUGCUGUCACUACGGCGACCAAACCUUCAUCACUAAGGUGUUGUCCAAAGCCUUGUUGUACCUGGCCAUGAACACAGCCGGUCUGUUCAUCCACUACCUGUCGGACCGGACUCAGAGACAGUCCUUCUUAGAGACCCGGCGCUGCAUAGAGGGGCGAGUGCGACUGGAGAGAGAGAACCAAAGACAGGAGCGUCUGGUAAUGUCCAUCCUGCCUCGGUUCCUGGUUCUUGAGAUGACAGCUGACAUGGCCUCCAUGGACGACUACCUGCUGCCUCAGCAGUUCCACAAGAUCUACAUCCACCACUACAGAGACGUCAGCAUCCUGUUUGCUGACAUCAUCGGCUUCACGUCUCUGUCGCUCGUCCUGUCGGCUCAAGAACUCGUUAAAACUCUUAACGAGCUCUUCGGACGCUUCGAUAGGCUGGCCGAGGAGCAUCAGUGUCUACGUAUUAAGAUCCUGGGGGACUGUUAUUACUGUGUGUCUGGAGUCCCAGAGCCCCAGAGAGGCCACGCCCGCUGCUGCGUGGAGAUGGGCCUCAGUAUGAUCAACACUAUACGGUAUGUGCGUCGGGAGAUCCAGCAGGAGGUGGACAUGAGGAUCGGGGUUCACUCGGGGUCGGUUCUGUGUGGAGUUCUGGGUCUGCAGAAGUGGCAGUUCGACAUCUGGAGCUGGGACGUCGACAUCGCCAACAGUCUGGAGGCGGCAGGAGUGCCGGGGAGGAUCCACAUCUCUCGGGCGACCCUCGACUGUCUUGGCGGGAUCUACGAGACGGAGGCGGGGAACGGCCAGGAGCGCAACGAGUUUCUCCGGAAACACAACAUCGACACGUACCUGAUUCGUCCUGCGCUUAAAGAGGAGGCGGAGCCACCGAGAGCGCGACGCCCGAGUUACGACGACAUGACGUCGUGGAGCGCCGAGCUGCCGUUCGGAGACAUCCUGGGAAUGAACUUUAUCCUCGCCACCUUCACAAACGGCUCUCUAACCCAACUGCCCAAUCAGAUCGCAGUUCAGCACUCGGGCUCUCGUGAGGUGAACAAGAGAAUCUGUCAGGCCAUCGAGGUCUGCAGCAGCGAGCUGAUGAGGAAGGAGCACAUCACCACCUUCACUCAGGUGUUCAAGGACUCCCAGAUGGAGGGGAAGUACUCCCAGAUGAGAGACGAACUCUUCAAGUCCAACAUGGUGUGUUCCUUCAUCCUGCUGCUGCUGCUCAUGGCAGUGCAGGCGCUAAUCCCCGCCCCCAGGUUGUUGUUGAUGGUCGCUCAGUUCGUCGUCUGCUUCAGCAUCUACUUCCUGCUUCUGCUGCUGACUCUGGGGGAGGAGUUUAAGCAUUGCCCCGGCCCCCUGCAGUCUCUCUGCUGCUGGGUUCAUGAAACAAAGUACGCCCGCACGCUGCUCACGCUCACCGCCAUCACCAUCAACUUUGGCGUCGCCUCCUCUGACAUCCUGUGGUGUGACACGUCGGAAUCUCACAGCAACAGCAGCGCCUCUCUGUUGGCUCCGCCCCCCUCCACCACCUGGCCUGACAUCAACAUCUGCACACAUCCCGAGUACAUGGUGCUGAGCGGGGUGGUUGCCAUGGUUACCUGCGCGGUGUUCCUCAGGCUGAGUUGUGUGUUGAAGCUGGCCGUCCUCCUGCUGGCCGCCGCCCUCUACACCUACCUGAUAGAGACACACAGGUCUCAUCACCUGUGCAGGAACGGCGUCUGCGCGGUUCUCAUGGUCAUGUUCUUGGUGGUCGUCCUCUACAACAGCAGACAGCUCGAGGCGACGGCUCGUCUGGACUUCCUGUGGCGCCUGCAGGCGAGGAGGGAGGUCGAGGACAUGAAGGAGCUGAGGGAACACAACGAGUGUCUGCUGCUCAACAUCCUGCCCGCUCACGUCGCACAACACUUCCUGGAGAGAGACCGCAACGACGAGGAGUUGUACUCUCAGUCGUACGAUCGAGUCGGCGUCCUCUUCGCCUCGCUUCCCGGUUUCUCCGACUUCUUCGAGCAGAAGGAGCUCGUUCAUCAGCGCGUCGAGUGUCUCCGCCUCCUCAACCACAUCAUCAGCGACUUUGAUGAGCUGCUGGAGGAGGGGUUCUUCCAGGAGGUGGAGAAGAUGAAAACUAUCGGCAGUUCUUACAUGGCAGCUUCAGGUCUCUCACCUGACGGACAGGACUACGAGGACCCGUGGCAUCACCUGAGCGAGUUGGUUCUUUUCGCUCUGGCGAUGCAGGAAACGUUGAAACACUUCAACACACAAACAGGAAACGACUUCCAGCUCCGAGUCGGUAUCGCUCACGGCCCCGUGAUCGCCGGCGUGAUCGGAGCCACCAAACCUCAGUACGACAUCUGGGGCGUGACGGUGAACGUGGCGAGCAGGAUGGAGAGCACGGGGGUCAACGGGAGGAUUCAGGUCCCCGAGACCACCAGCUGCAUCCUGAUGGAGCGAGGCUUCCUACGGCAGCUCAGAGGGAACAUUUACAUCAAAGGCAUCAGUGAACGCCACGGGAAGGUGGAGCUGUUUCAUCAAAGUGACUGAAACUGAGACCAGCGCUACUUAGGAAGAUUUCUGAAUGAUUUCUAAAGAUGAACCUGCACGUCGUCUGGAUUCAAUAAAACGUUUGAACAUGGAGAAGAAGAAAGUUUGAAAGGAGUUCACCUGGACUCACAAAGGACGUAAAAGAGAGAAGAAGAAGAAGAAGAAGUGACUUUGAGGUUUCCUCCUGUUCAUGUAAACAUCAUCUCAUCUCCUCCACUGGAUAAAAAGAAGGUUUUACUGUAAACCUGAAAACAGGUUGAGAUUUUCCUGCAGUACUUAAACGCAUCACAGCCAUGACUUUUCCCUUUCUAGUUUCCUUUAGUGAAUAAAACACUUCAAUGUUUGUCUGAA